AUGAAUGCCAAUCCAGCGCUUGGUUAUGCGCCGGGCGUCUCGCUGGCCCCGCAAGCAGAACAUCACGCAUCUCCGACAGCUGCCAGUUUUGGUUCAAAUAACCCCUUUCGAAACCGCGCUCUUUCACCCUCAGUUGCUGGAUCCGUUUCCUCAAACCGCCCCGAACGCCCACGCUCGACAAACCCCUUCUUAGAUGAUACCGAGGCGAUGUCUCCGCAAUCUGCCCCUGGCAUGUCAACCGGUGCCAGUAUGAUUUCUCCGAUUGAGAAGACCGAUAUCUCGAGCAACACUCGGGAACUCUUUGAGUCACUUUCCCUCAAUCCUACUCCACAGACAAAUCGUCUCCCCGCGGCACCUGAUGCCACUCAACGUACUCUCUCGAAUCGCAACAGACCCCCAAGGGAGCGCCCGGAGCGCCCACCAGGACCACCGGCGGCGAAAGAGAAAGACCCGCUUGACAUCUUCGCUGAUCCCCCGACUUUGUCCCAAAAUGCCAAGGACAAGGCGCCCCGUCGCCCCCGGCGGAACUCAGAGUCUUCAGUAAUGGACCGAGGCUCGAAGUUGUUGGAUCUCGAUGACGAUGAGAAGCGCCGACGUGAACGGCGUCAUCGCGAGCGUGAUGGUCGUAGCAAAGAUGGCAAAUCGCGGUCGGGUCGCAAGGAUCGACGACUUGAUGUCAUUGAUAAGUUGGAUGUGACAAGUAUCUACGGUACCGGAAUGUUCCACCACGAUGGUCCGUUCGAUGCAUGCAACCCCCACCGCAACCGCCGCGGUGUGCGUACCGCGCCAAUGCAAGCCUUUCCCAAAGGUUCCACCAACAUGGCUCUGGGCGGCACAGGCCCAAACAACUCUAACAUCGAUCUCAACCUUUUCCACGGCAGGACGGAGGAAGGUCACAACGAUUUCUCCACCGCUGCUCGCCGCAACCCCGAAACAGCCGUCAUGGAUCCCACUGCUCGAGUGGACCCGAUCCAUGGACCACAAAGUAUGGGACUUGGAACCAGCACCUUCCUCGAUGGAGCCCCGGCCAGUCGGUCUGCCAUGGCACGUCGUCAAAGCGAGAAUGAAGGCACUCCAGCAGCCAAUGGUGGUGGACUUGCACGAAAGAAGAGUUUGGCUCAGCGACUACGUGGACGAGCUACCGGACCUGGCCGUAUUAAUCCUCCAACUGACAACUUUUUCCCCGCCCCACAAGUGAGCUCCAGUCACUCUGCAUCCGCCCGGAGCAACGAAAGAAACCCAUACUUCCAAGAAGAAGACGAGUAUGAAGAAGAGUGGGACAGGAAGGGAUCGAGUAUCGAAGCUCGGCUUGGAGGCGGCCGACUUCGAUCGUCCAGUAGUCCCAAGCAAACCACUGUCUUGGAGCGCAAGAUCACCAACGAGCGAUCUUAUGAAGAUUCGAAGCUUAACCCCGGUGGUGGCGGUGGUGGGUUCUUGAACCGGAUGAAGAGUCUGCGCAAACCCAAGCCGGAACGACGUACUAGCGACUGA